AUGUUUGCCAAUUUUUGUAAUUCAGAAUACAAAAAUUUAAAUUUUAUAAUUUUUCUGGUGUAUUUAUGCACUAGUAAAAUGGUAAGGAUACAUGCCCUCCGGACUUGUGUAGAGUUUUGCAGCCAAGAAGGAAACGGAGUCUACCAAUCAGGCAUUUGUGCAUGAAAAAAGAUUUUGGCCCUUAGAGGUCACUGAUGCUUUAGUCAAAUGCAUAUUGAAUAA